CGAAGAAAUGUUUCGAUGAGAAAAAUUGUAAAUCUGAGAUGCCGAGCAACGUUCGACAGGGACGGAGAAAGAGUUCGAGGCUCAGACGAUCUUCAAAUGGCACCGGGUGCACUGAGAAGGAACAGAAAGAAGUAUGCGAGGAAAAACCAGAGGUUAAAGGUGGCAAUCCAAUACUGAGUUGUGGCCGAUGUGGAAGCAACCUCGUUGCAGGUCGCGUCGUUGUUAGACCCUUCCCACAAAAGAUUCCGGAAUUACUGCGGAGCUCUUUUAGGAUGUUGGAAACAAUUGAUGACAAAAGUAUCAAUGUUAUCGACAAGGGGGCUUGCGAAAUUUUAAACCUGGGUUACCCGGUUGCAGAUGCAAAAAACGAUGACUUUUCAGGUGUGAAUUCUGUUUUCGUGCCAGAAAGCGAGAUCUGCUACAUCCCUCAGGUCUGCAAGGUGUGCCAGUCUACAAGAGAUGAAUCACACAUCGUGGGCUUACAAGUGGUAUCCUUCAGAACGUUUUCUGAAGAGGUCUGGCUAUUUCCUAGUAUCGUUUUUAAUCGUCAACCAUCGAGCCACCAGAACUGAAAAGACCUGGCUCAAUCGCAUCUCUGCAACUCGACUCUGUUUUGUCACUGAAACACGUCAUGAAUAAAAUUAUUUGAUAUAAUGUGAUUAUGACCCGGCC